AUGGCAUCCUUUAGGGAAGAACGAGACACUUUCGGCCCCAUCAAUGUCCCUUCCGAUAAAUUAUGGGGAGCGCAGACUCAGAGAUCAUUACAAAAUUUCGAUAUAGGAGGGGAACGCGAACGUAUGCCCGAACCUAUUAUCCGCGCCUUUGGUGUCCUCAAAAAAUGUGCUGCCAAGGUGAACAUGGAGUAUGGACUUGAUCAAAGUAUUGGGAAAGCCAUAAUGCAAGCAGCCCAAGAAGUAGCCGAAGGCAAACUCAAUGAUCACUUUCCCCUCCUUGUUUGGCAAACCGGAAGUGGCACUCAGAGUAACAUGAAUGCCAAUGAGGUAAUUUCGAACAGAGCAGCAGAAAUAAUGGGACAUAAACGAGGUGAGAAGUCCGUACACCCAAAUGAUCAUGUGAAUAAAUCUCAAUCUUCUAACGACACUUUCCCAACCGUAAUGCACAUUGCGGCUGCAAUGGAAAUAAACUCAAGAUUGAUACCUGAGUUAAAGAAUUUGCACUCUGCUCUACAUUCAAAGUCAGUUGAAUUCAAAGAUAUUGUUAAAAUUGGUCGCACUCACACUCAAGAUGCCACACCUUUGACUCUUGGACAAGAGUUUAGUGGCUAUGCCACACAGGUGAAGUAUGGAAUUGAUCGAGUUUCGGGCACCCUGCCACGAAUGUAUCAGCUUGCACAAGGUGGUACAGCCGUGGGGACUGGAUUGAACACAAAGAAAGGGUUUGAUGUAAAAAUAGCAGCGGCAGUAGCUGAGGAAACAAAGUUGCCAUUCGUCACAGCCGAAAAUAAGUUCGAAGCUUUGGCAGCACAUGAUGCCUUUGUUGAAACCAGUGGAGCUUUGAACACCAUAGCUGCAUCCCUAAUGAAGAUUGCAAAUGACAUACGCUUCUUGGGAAGUGGUCCUCGAUGUGGCCUUGGUGAGCUUAUUCUUCCUGAAAAUGAACCUGGCAGCAGUAUUAUGCCUGGGAAGGUGAAUCCUACCCAAUGUGAGGCUCUUACUAUGGUCUGUGCCCAGGUUAUGGGUAACCAUGUGGCUAUAACAGUAGGUGGAUCUAAUGGCCACUUUGAACUGAAUGUGUUCAAGCCAUUGAUGGCUAGUGCACUCUUACAUUCAAUACGACUGGUGAGUGAUGCAUCUGCUUCCUUUGUGAAGAACUGUGUGAAGGGAAUUCAAGCUAAUAAGGACAGAAUUUCAAAAUUACUUCAUGAGUCUCUAAUGCUAGUGACAUCCUUGAACCCUAAAAUUGGUUAUGAUAAUGCUGCAGCAGUUGCCAAGAAAGCACAUAAAGAAGGCAGCUCUUUGAAGGAAGCGGCAUUGAAUCUUGGGAUGCUCACAGAAGAAGAAUUCGAAAGUUUAGUGGUGCCUGAGAAAAUGAUUGCCCCAUCUGAUUAA